AGAGAGAAAAACAGCUACUGUAAUAGUACGGUGUGAACCUACGCUUUGCUUGGCUUUAUCUUCUUCCUGCUUUUUCACUCUCCACCAUUUCCUCCUCUGAUAAUCUCUGUCUCUCCCAUUUUUAGCCAUUUAUUUUACUUUUUAUUAUUACAAUCCUUUGCACCUUGAUGAAGGUCAUUUGCAUCUAGGAUCUCGUUAUUAACUACAUAUAGUGAAGCAUUUUUGACUAAUUUUGUGGGUGUUGAGGUUUACUAUGGGGAGUGUAUCAUCUGAAGAAGGUUCUGAUCAGCAGAGUGAGAGAUGUGGAAGCUACAGUUUGAGUGCUGAUGUGAGUGAGUCUGAAAGUUCUUCUAGUAGUUUCUCUUGUCGGCGCUAUGAUGCUGAAGGCGCCUCAAGCUCUAUGGCGUCGUCGCCGCUUGCUUGUCGGAGAUUUGCUGCGAAAUCCGAGUUCCCGACACCAAUGUUACCUCCAUUCAUGUUCCCGGUGAUUGGCGGGAAAGAUGUGCUGCUCUGUAAUGACAAGUCCGAGAAACGCCAGGCAGAUUUAUCCGAAAUUGAUCUGAUGAAAGAGAGAUUCGCCAAGCUGCUUCUUGGUGAGGACAUGUCUGGAGGGGGUAAAGGGGUUUGUACGGCACUUGCAAUCUCAAAUGCUAUCACAAAUCUCUCUGCUACUAUAUUUGGGGAACUAUGGAGGUUGGAGCCACUGGCCCUACAAAAGAAGGCAAUGUGGUGUAGGGAGAUGGAGUGGCUGUUAUGUGUUAGUGACUCUAUUGUGGAGCUUGUGCCUUCCAUUCAACAGUUCCCUAGAGGAGGCACAUAUGAAGUUAUGGCAACGCGACCACGUUCUGAUUUAUAUUUAAACUUGCCUGCUCUGAAGAAACUUGAUGCCAUGUUGAUUGGCAUUCUCGAUGGAUUUCGUGACACAGAGUUUUGGUAUGUGGAUCGAGGGAUAGUUUUAGCUGAUGGUGAUGACUGCGACUCCUAUCCUUCUGGAAUAGGAUUUGGUAGGCCUUCGGUUCGGCAGGAAGAGAAGUGGUGGCUGCCUUGCCCAAAAGUUCCCCCAAAAGGGUUGUCAGAAGAAGCUAGGAAGAGAGUGCAACAGUGUAGGGAUUGCACAAACCAGAUACUGAAGGCGGCCUUGGCAAUCAAUAGUAAUGUGCUUGCUGAAAUGGAGACUCCAAGUGCCUAUAUCGAAACUUUGCCCAAGAGUGGAAAAGUGUGUCUAGGUGAUAUCAUCUAUCGCUACAUCACUGCUGACAAUUUCUCACCUGAAUGUCUUCUUGAUUGCCUGGACUUGUCAUCAGAGCACCAUACGCUGGAAGUUGCAAAUAGAAUUGAGGCUGCUGUGCAUGUUUGGAGACUCAAGGACCAGAAGAAACAUCAACACAAAAAAAAAUCUAAACGCAAGUCAUGGGGAGGGAAGGUCAAGGGCCUUGUUGCAGAUGGCGACAAGAAUCAAUAUCUGGCAGAACGAGCACAAACACUCUUGCAUAGUCUCAGGCUUCGCUUCCCUGGUCUUCCUCAAACUGCACUUGACAUGAACAAAAUACAGUAUAACAAGGAUGUUGGACAGUCAAUUCUCGAGAGCUACUCAAGAGUCAUGGAGAGCUUGGCAUUUAACAUUAUGGCGAGGAUUGACGAUGUAUUAUACGUGGAUGAUGCAACAAAACGAUGUGCUGCAGCAGAGAAUAUAUCCCUUUUCAAUAGGGGAGGUUUGGGUGGUCUUCCAGUCCAAAAGCGGAUGUCACCAAGCCCCUUCUCUAUACAGCAUUCCCCUUUUACCUCUCCAUUUGCGACACCAACCUUUUGCUUAUCUCCCCUGAUUGGUAGCCCAGGGAAGACAGAUUCUCCUUCUAAGGCUGGUUCAAAAGAACCACCAAUGGCCAAACUGGAGAAAGUGACUCCAACUGAUUUGGAUAAAUUGUGGUCAUAUGCCGGGAAUCUUAGUGCCAGAAGACCUUCUAAGGAUGCUCCUGAACGGGACUGAGAACUAACAGAUGACAAGUCAAGGAUGCUUUGAUCUCACUUAUGUUCUUUAUCAUGUACAUUUCUUUUAGGAUAGUGCGGUUGUUCAAAACCCUCAACCUGAUCUUCAUCAGUUGUUACAUUGAGAAGGAUAGCAUUAAUGUAGUUGCACAGUUUUUACCUGGCAAGUGCAAAAUAGCAGCUUUCUUGUGGUAUAGAAAAGAAGAAAUUGCUGCUUGACUAGCUACCAUUAGAUGUAGCAAAGUGAUUGCAUCUUAAUGGUGGUUGCUCCAUGACAUAACCUUUUAUA